AUGCUGCAGCUUGGGCCAACGGGUAUCGUGACUCAUGCCAAGUCGACCAUUCUUGCAUACAUCAACAUGAUCUACGAAGCUCUUGGCAAGCGACUUCUACGCUACAAGCUCAUGAGUCCCGAGGAGGCCGCUAUUUUGGGUCGUGGACUUGUGUUGGCUGCUGAGUUACAGAACCAACAUCGAUGUAAGGAUCAUAUCAACCUUAAGAUGCAACUGGCAGAUGCAUAUCUGGAAUCGGGCAAGUAUAUUGAAGCACGUAGAACGGCAGAAGAGAUCAAAGAUGCCGAGUACAAGAGCGAGAGGAUGAUGCCAUCGUUGUAUAUGCUGUUAUCAAGGAUUGAUGAAGCGGAAAGGGGGGCAGAGGGUGCUAUUGAGUCAGCACUGAGAUCUGUGGUGAUGAGUAUGGAAGUCUUUGGAAAAUGGUCUGACUGGACUGUGAACUCGUUGGAUUUCUACUACAAAGUUCUCAAGCGUGCUGGGAGGGUUGAUGAGGCAAUGAGAGUGGUUCAAGACCGUGACUUGGCAAUUGAGAAGUUGUGUGACAAGUUGGAAGAUUCUGGCAUCACAGUCUCGGACUGA